UUACAGAGUACCUUGGAAUGAGGAUACCUCAUUGAACAACUUGUACAGAUUUGGUCUAGGUCUUAGUUAAUGGAGUUAGAGGGUUAGGGUCUCUUUCCUCAAUAGCCAAGUUAUAUCAAUUCAAUCUCUGCACCUCUCUCCCACAUAUCCCUCCUCUCUCCACUCACAUGGCAACUCCCUAGGUCCCCAUUGCCUCUUGCUUGAAAUAUUGCAAAAGCCCCCAAUUGAUCUCCCUGCCUUCGGUGGUCUAUAUACCCUAAUCUGUCCCCUCCAUAGUUGCCAAAAUCAUGAUCAUAUUAUUCCUCUGCUCAAAAACACUAUCUAUUUGUGCUUUGGAAAAGACCCUUAGAGGCCGCAUCUUAGAGACUCAGGUUAAAGAAUUUACCCAGACUUCUAGUUCCUAAGUAUCAAAAUCUAGAAUCCAGGUCCCUGGAACUUCCAGUCCAAAAUGUAAAAAACCAAGCUUUAGGAAACAAGCCAGCAAGGCUGGAGUGACUGCUUCGAGUAAAAAAUUGCUUUGGACUCCCCCAUUGUCUUCCUCGGGAGUUUCAAUGACUUUCCAACAGGCCCUUGGCUUAGACAUUGGACAGCACUGGGGAGAAGCAGAGAGGGCAGGCCCCUGAGAUCAUGUGUUUCUUGCUUCCACUCCUUGCAUUCAUUCUAGCAUUUCUCUCUUCUCCCCCUUCCAGUCCCUCCUCUUGAUGGGUACAUCCCCCCUCUGGCAACUCACACCUGCCAGGAACGAAACCCUCCAGCUUAGCGGGAUCAGUGAAUCACCUGGCAUCUUUCUCGACCACAAAAUUCUUAGGAAGUCUCUUCAGGGAGCUUAUUCCCUAAUAAAAAGAAAUUUGGCUGCAGCCUCAGGACUACUAUCCAGCUAAGUGGAAUUUGAAGGCUCAAGGAAGGACCAUGAAAGCCUCCGGGAUCGUUCUGUGUGUCCUUUUGGUUGGGAUUCUCUGCUCCAAAGUCCAGGCUGCCACACGCAGCAACACUGCCAGGCACUGCUGUGAGAAAUACAGCCGCAAACACAUUGCGUGGAAACUUGUACAGACCUAUGAACUGACCAAGAGCAGCUGCUCCCUUUCUGCUGUCAUAUUCACCACCAAAAAAGGACAGAAAGUCUGCGCUGAUCCUGCAGCACAAUGGACUCAGAAAUAUGUGGCUUCCCUGAAAUCCCAGAACAUCCUUACUUAAUCUUGGCUUCCUACUCAGGACUUAAAGGGCUCAGAAGCCCGGCUUCCUGCUCAGUAACCCAGCAGCCCCCCAAAGACCAGAGACCCAUUGCCACAGAUAGACCUGAAGAGUCCUUGGUUUUAUGACUGAGGAGGAGAAUGGACUUGUUUUUUGUUUUUUAUUUUUUACUAUAAAGGAAGUCUUCCUUCCUAGACAAGAGUUGUAACUUAAUAUUAUUAUUAAAUGUUGUUGUCUUCAAAA